CUAAGAAGCGAACAAAAUCCUAAAUAUUCGAUUCAUUUUCAUCGAAUCCGACCAUCCAAUUUCCCUUUUAUUAGAGGUGUGUUAUGUCUUGGUGCCUAGGAUUUUGGUUUGACUUUAAUGCACAGCAUCCACGCGUUGUUGAUUGCGCAAAAAAUGCAUGCACUCGACGCGUGGAGUACGCGUUUCUGAACAAGACACAGAGACGCUACCGCUCCCUAUAAAUCGGAGUCUCUAUCCUCUUCCCCUUUUCCAGUCUCUCGCUCGCUCUUAGAUCGAAUCAGAAAACGAUCGUUACUUUGCUGACAAACAUGGGUGGUGGAAAGGAUAAGCAUGGUGAAUCUGACAAAGGGUUAUUCUCACACCAUGGCCAUCAUGGUGGCCAUGGAUAUCCUCCAGGACAGUACCCUCCUCCUCCUGGGGCUUACCCUCCCGGAGCAUACCCUCCACAACAAGGUUAUCCGCCGCAUGGUUACCCACCUCAAGGCUACCCACCAGCAGGAUAUCCUCCUGGUGCUUACCCACCAUCUGGGUAUCCUGGUCCAUCUGCUCCACAUCAUUCAGGACAUGGGGGCAUUGGGUCACUCAUAGCUGGGGGUGCAGCUGCUGCAGCUGCAUAUGGUGCUCACCAUCUCAGCCAUGGAGCUCACUAUCCUCAUGGCCCCCACAUGCAUCAUGGGAAGUUCAAGCACCAUGGAAAGUUCAAGCACGGCAAGUUUGGAAAGCAUGGGAAACACGGCAAGUUUGGCAAGCAUGGGAUGUUCGGGGGGAAGUUCAAGAAAUGGAAAUGAUCCUUUUUAUGUUUCCUUACAAUCAUGUGAGACUCUGUAAAUGCUGAUCCUGCGAGAAUAAUUACAAGACUACCUUCACAAAGUACAAAAUGCAAGAAAAUUCUUAUAA